CGGAGCAGGGCUUUCCUUACCAGUGGAAUAAACUGCCAGCCAGUCUCUUGUCUUCUGCUCACCAUGGCUUCUUCUGAUAUUCAGGUGAAAGAACUGGAGAAGCGUGCUUCAGGCCAGGCUUUUGAGCUGAUUCUCAGCCCAUGGUCAAAAGAAUCUGUCCCAGAUUUCCCCCUUUCCCCUCCAAAGAAGAAGGAUCUUUCCCUGGAGGAAAUUCAGAAGAAAUUAGAAGAUGCAGAAGAAAGACGCAAGUCCCAUGAAGCUGAAGUCUUGAAGCAGCUUGCUGAGAAACGAGAGCAUGAGAAAGAAGUGCUUCAAAAAGCAAUAGAAGAGAAUAACAACUUCAGUAAAAUGGCGGAGGAGAAACUGACCCACAAGAUGGAAGCUAACAAAGAGAACCGAGAGGCACAAAUGGCUGCCAAACUGGAGCGUUUGCGAGAGAAGGAUAAACACGUUGAAGAAGUCCGGAAGAACAAAGAAUCCAAAGAUCCUGCUGAUGAGACUGAAGCUGACUAAUUUGUUCUGAGAACUGACUUUCUCCCCCUGCCCUUCCUAAAUAUCCAAAGACUGUACUGGCCAGUGUCAUUUUU